CUAACCAAACACCCCCUUAAAGUGUUGAGCAAAAGUCUCCCAUCACGCAGACAAGACACAGAACUAAUCAAGCAUUUCAUCUCUGCUGAUUCUUCUUCUGAAUUUGAAUCAUGGCGGACGAUAACGGAAGCAGCGAUGGCGGCGAGAAUCCUCUGAAUCUCUUCCUGAAGAUAGGAUUGGAUGAACGAACGGCGAAGAACACCGUUGCUAACAACAAAGUCACCGAUAAUCUCACGGCCGUUAUCCACGAGGCAGCUGUUACUGAUGGUUGUGAUCGAAGUGUUGGGAACCUUCUUUACACGAGCAAAAAUAUCUAGCAAUGGACUCAUGCAAUUACACAAAGCAAAACAAAAAUGGUGGAUAUAAUUCAACUAUCAUCCCUCUCCCACGGAAUACAAAAGGAAAAAGAAAAGCUGGGCCAGCAUAUAUAUAUAGAGGACGACGACUGUCUUGAACUUCGGCCUUCAUUCUUGUCUUGUGUGAGAUCUUCUGGUUAUCAGUUUCAGCUUGUGCAGCCGAAGUAGCUGUGAAAUUUUGGUUCAUUACAGUUUGGGUCAUGCCCAUUGAAAGUUGACACAUCGUUGGCAGGGCCAAAAAGCAUCUCUCAAAAUUGGCUUUUGUGAUGGAAGCAGCCGGUGAAGCAUUAUAGCAAUAAUCUUUGAGGCCACCUUGUUGAGUAUUCCAGAAGCCAUUAUCUUCAACUUCAAAACUAAAAGGUUUGUCAUCAAUACAAUAACAUUGAUCUGUCUGCAUGCUUCCACUUCGAAAGCUGACCUCCCUGUUCAUCACAUUAUUAUUAUCACCAAGAUAUGCGGCGGCGACGGCGGGGCAUGUGGUUUUAAUGAUAUGGAUAUGGUGGUGCUGCUACUUGCAGUGCUGGCCUUGAGUAUAAGGUUUCUCGAGGAGCAGCUGGGAAUUGUAAUGCUUUCAGUUCUUCAGCAUAUGCACUCAUCUCGUCAUCUUUAAAUGUUGCUAGGAUUCACUAUUCCAGCUAAUGCUUUUGUACAUCAGCCUACAGUGCUCAAGUAUAUCGUCUCAUUUAAGGAGUUGAAGUAUCCACGGAAGACAUAGAGCACAUAGUUAAUGACAUAUUUGAAGAGAACAUGCAAAAGAUUUUGGAGCAGCGGUACAGAACAAAUGGUUCCCUUUUCCAAGGUUGUAUACAUUGAACAUACUGAUUUUAGAUUGAAGGACUCUAAAGAUUAUUAUGGCCUUGCUCCUGGGAAAUUUGUGCUUCUUAGGUAUGCUUUUCCUAUAAAGUGCACAGAAGUAAUACUUGGUGAUGAUAAAGAGACUGUUGUUGAGCUUCGGGCUGAGUAUGAUCCUUCCAAGACUGUGAAACCAAAGGGGGUUCUUCAUUGGGUAGCAGAACCAUCACCUGAAGUAGAUCCACUCAAGAACCCUGCUGAAAUUGAUAACUGGCUUGGUGAUAUAAAUCCACACUCCAAAGUAGUGAUGCCAAAUGCAUAUGCUGUUCCUUUGCUACAAAAUGCUGCAGUUGGAGACAAAUUUCAGUUUGAAAGGCUUGGCUAUUUUUCAGUUGACAAGGAUUCAACUUCUAAGAAAUUGGUGUUCAAUCGAACAGUCACACUACGAGAUAGCUAUGCUAAAGUUGGAAAGUAAGAUUUCCAUUGAAAAAUAUACUCUGGACAUUAUGAAAAAGUUUUCAAAUAAACGAGUUUGCUAUCUUGGAAAUGAGUAAUUGAGAACAAAUGGACGGUAAAUGUAAUCAACUUUACUCUCUUGUUUGUUGUUGGUACCUGUUUAUUCUGAAUUUGGAUUGGGAUUUGUGAGUGUAGACGUAUAUUUACCUUUGAAGUUCCAUACGAGAUAAAAUUAGCCUGCUUGUUCACAAGCUGAGGUGCAAUUUUCUUUAAUUCGGGGAUUCUUGUUAGCUAUUGUGUAAUUAAGUGACAAUAAUGUCUCUCUGAUUGAGUUGAUGUUUUGCACAAUGUGUUUAUUUGCAUUAUCUUUAGAAACUGCAUUUUGGGUAUGUGCCUAUGUGGUAUCCUAUGAGCCAUAGAUCAUUUUUAGUAUGAUAUGAUGAACAUUAUUGCAAAUACUGAGUGAACAUUACAGUCAACAUUUACUUCAAUGCCUUGCAAUAUAGUAUGACCAAUCAUUAUAAACUUGAUAAA